CUUUGAAAUCACCCAGAAUUUACCGAUUCAAUAUAUAAUCGCUUGCAGUCAUAGUAUAUUUUUCUGCUCUGAGGACGAGUUUAGAAAAACGUUGGUUCUUUAUUCUAUGUUAUUUGCUUUAUUGGGCGCUCAGAGGCGAAGCGCACUUUGCAGGACGACGUAGCUUCGAUGCUUGCAGGGGAAAGCUUGAGCUGCUUGCGGUCGCACUAACUGCGUGCUGGUACGACGUAUCGCAGGUACAGUUGCAAAUAUUCGUGAGUUUUUAUGCUGAUCGCACCGAGAAGCGUAAUUUCCUACCAACGUCUACGCUUGCCCAACGGCCCACAAUCGUUGCGCGCUGAGAGACCAUGACGGAUGAAGCGACAAUCAUGGGAAAACUAGAGUGCCUCAAGGAAAUAAGGGCCCGCACUGUUCAGAUGGAAAAGCUCAAGUCAAGGCUUCGCAGUGAGAUAGAGUCAACAGAGAGCGAAGAACGAUGCCUCCAAGAAUACAGACAUGAAAUGGAACUCUUGCUUCAAGAGAAGAUGGCCCAUGUUGAAGAGCUGAGGCAGAUUCAUGCUGACAUCAAUGUGAUGGAGACAGUGAUCAAGCAGUCCGAGGAAGACAGGAACAAGCAUCUGGACGGUGCCAAGCAGAUGCACCACGAGUACAAGCCGCUCAAGGAUCUGGUCGACAGGCUCCGGCUGGAGAUUGGCCUCUCCAAGCUGCCCGAGCUACACGAGGAGGAUCAAACAUUCAAGCCAGAGUUUUUCGAGAAGCAGAAGACCGAGUGGCACCAGAGCGACAUGACCGAAGCAGCCCUGCCCCCUUCCCUGGCCGCGGCGGUGCAGCAGAUGCAGCAGCCGGGGAGGAGCAAGGCUCUCGCCGAACGCCCGCAGCCCUCGGCCUUCCGCCAACAGCCACCACCUAUGAAGGCAUGCCUGUCUUGUCACCAGCAGAUCCAUCGCAACGCACCCAUCUGUCCCCUGUGCAAGGCCAAGAGUCGUUCCAGGAAUCCCAAAAAGCCCAAGCGCAAGCUGGAAGAUUAAGUGCUCCUUGCGCACUUUGAUUUGGAGUCAUUAUGUGUGCCUGGUCUGUUCACUGCUAUGUUUUUUUGUUUUGCCCUUGAGGCUUUCCAUGUGCCAAAAGACAUCAAGCAGUGACUUGUGCACACAGUAUGAUGAAGAGGCAACCAUGUUCACUUCAUGUGGAACACAUUUCUUGUAUGAUCUGUUGUUUUGUAAUCAAGAGUUCGACGGAACGCCGUCUGGUCAGGUAAAAGCAUUAUUAGUACAACAGGAUGCUGUUGCACUUACACAAUGGAUCCUGGAACACCAAACUUUUUUUUUUUUUACAUUGGUCAGUGGCCUGAUGCUGUUGUACUUACACAAUGGAUCCUGGAACACCAAACUUUUUUUUUUUUACAUUGGUCAGUGGCCAGGUGCACUGAUAAUCUGUUGUUUUAUAUUUUAGCUUAUCCACUGACUUUUCUUGUUUAUAUAUAUAUAUAUAUACACACACACAUUUUCUUUUUUCACAAAUAAUCAUGUGUCGUAAUGAACAGUUGAACUAGCUUACUUUCCGACUUGAAACAUCACUAACUCGCGAAAAAAAUAAUAGGAUGACAGCGAGAAGCACACGGGACAGAACGUUAGUGUCUGUAAUAAGCACCAACUAGUCCACCUGUCUUCUGUAAUAGUUCAUUUUAAUAUGUACUGUUUGUAAGCAACACACACAUUCUGUUCAGUGUUUGUUCUGUAUGUUGUCAUCAGCAUUUCAAUCAUUUCACCUAACUCCUGUAUAAAAAACAUCAUAUUGUCUGUGCAGUGCUUCUCACUUAUCGUAGAACUCGUUUCCUUUUCUUCUUCCUGGUCAUGUUGUGCCUGUUUUCGAUUGCCAUCAAUUUCAUUUUUUUCUUUCUAUCAGUGAUGCCAAGUUCUUGCUGAAACCAGCAUGCCUAUGUGUGUGUACAAAAAUAAAUAUAUUUAUUCGACUUGUGGCAAAGUAAAUUUACAUGCGUGUAGGGCAGUCUCAAAUUCAUAUGCAGCAUCAGGCUUUGUAGGGUUACAGGUAGCUCACGAUAAUUCAAGUUUGUAUAGCUUAAAAUACAGGUUAAUUCAGGAAAUCUCAGUUUGGUUGUCGGGGAAGGAUUUCGGUUAAUUCAAGCUUUUUUUAUCUGGCAACAUGGGGCUCUUCAGCGUACAGACAGAACAGCCAAAAACGGCUGAUGAAAGGACAUUCAUUAGACACAAAAGGUAAUAAACUAGCCAACGUUUGGUAUUCAGGGGGCGCUACUGUAAGAAUCCAUUUCAUUUUCCAUUCAUUUUGCCCUCAAUUAUUGGCCCAUAUGCUGCCAUUCUUUGACAGAAUUUAAAACUUGGCACCGACCUGGUUCGCAUCAAAAGCCGCUUCAUAAAACUGGUUGUAAAGUUGUUUGAAACAAGUCAAGUGUACGGGACGUAGGGAAGGCGCAGCUGCAGUCUGGGGUUUCUAUGCCAAUUCUGAUGUUUUGUGUGCUAAAUCCACAAUAUGAUUAUGGGGACGCUGUAGUGGGGGGCUCCAAAAUAAUUUUGACCACCCGAGGUCCUUGUAACAUGUACGUAAUGCAUGGGACACAAGCAGUUUUGCAUUUUGCCCCCGUUGGAAUGUGGCCUCCGCAACCAAUCUCAGCAGCACAUCAUCAUGGCCACUGAGCCUCCGUCGCUGAUGCUUGCCAAUUGAGUAGGCAGUUGACUUUACAGAUGGGAUUGUUGUAUUGAAUGGUUUAAGUGAAUUAAGGUAAUAAUAAUAUUCAUGUUCACAGUGAAAAAUUGGACCGUAUCAGUCCGCAUGGGCUUGUUAGGCCUAACUUGGCACCUUGGGUUUUGCUCUGGCAUAUGCGUGAGCUUGGAACCGUUAGAAAAGGGGAAGGGAGAAGUACAAAUAAGAAGAGGCAUGGACAAUAAUCACAAUGAAAAAAUAUUUUCCUCUUAGAGGGUGAUUUGUUGGCUAAUUCAUGCUCAAUUGCGCAGUUUUUGUAGAUGUAAAACAGCUUCGUGUGCAAUAUCAACCACACAUUGCACACACACAAAAAAAAAUCUCCCCAGCCAGGAUUCAGCCAGUCUGCCAUAAGAGAGACAAGCACUAUCAGUCGUGAACCUAAUACUGCUGCUCGUACGAGUGUUGAACAAAUUUGUAAGCUUCUACCAUUUAAUGGCCCGUGCUUGUGGACAACGAGCAAGCGUGCUGCGCUCGGCAAAUGUCAUUGCAACACUACAUGGAGCUGACCGAGCACAAAGGCACUUGAACCACACUUUAUGUUGCCGCUGCCACGAUCGUAGUGAUGUCGUUUAGAAAUUAAGGGAUCAGGAGUAAGCCAAGGCCCAAUAGAAGAAACUUGAGGAGAGGUCUAAGAUGUGCAGUCUGUAAUAAGUUUGUGCAUCACUUCACGAGUUGGACGUCGAAAGAUGCCAAUGGAUUUCCAGUGUCUCGGAGAACACUGAGCCGACUUUAGAAAAGAAUUUAAGGGCUGCUUGACAUUGCAUUACUAUCAUGCUCAGUUGUAUGUUGCAUGAGGGUACAGUUACACAUUAAUUGUUCAACUGAUUAAAGGGACAGUAGUGGCAAAAAUUGAAGUAGAGCUCAAUUGGGGUCCCGAAAUAAGUAUGCUGUCAUUGUCGAGAGCAGAGCGCACAAUGUGAGCAAAAACAAACAUUAACGUGAGAAAGUGUGUCACGCAGCCAUUUCAUAAGCGCAGAACCAGCCCUUCCAGAGGUACGCAGCUGUACGUGCUCAAAUGUAAACUGUCAGCAGUUAGUGCAAUUCGGCCUCAACAUUUCUUAUUCAUUGCAAAAAAGGUGGCGUUCUUGUAUAAACCAGAUAUUUGGUGAUCAAACAUUAAUCUGUAGGCCUUUAUUUGUUAUUUAUGCUGUGAUAAAUAAGCACUUGCUUGAUGUGGCUAGGACAUAGCACUGUACAUCCCCAUCAGUGAUUUCCGAGUAGUAGACAAUGCAAAACUUCCACAACCUCUACAUUAUUAGCACGAUGCGGAAGAAAAUUAACAGGCAAUCACAUGUUAACAAAACACAUAAUGGAAUCAUUUCUAGACAAUGGCCUUAAAUUGGCAAAACGGAUGGGGCACAACUGAAUGGGGCACAACUGUUGGAAGGAACAUUCACAUCAAAAACAUUUUUUAGGCAAUGAGGUAAACGCAUGGAUGUUGCAAGUCUAUGAAGUGGAUGUUUGAUUAAAACACCCCACACUUUAGACUUCGUUGCAUGUUGUGUGUGCCCAUGUGGGUUCAUCUACAACCUCCUGCCAUUGCGAGAUUUCAGCUAACCAGUCGUCGCAUGACAUAUUGUGUGCUUCAUUUAGACUUCCACAGCAAAUAUUGUUGUACAGUCGAACGACUUAGUAACAAAGUGCUUGGGGCCUUCGAAAUCGUUCGUUAUACAGGUCACUUCGUUGCAAAGGUAGCAUACUGCACAGUUCACAAUAGAACCAGGGGGCAAUUAUUUUUUCCUCGUAGAGUUGCUCGACUGCAGCAGUUUCUCUCUGGAGGUUUUAUCUUUAGUUCACUCUUAUGGUCUGCAACUUUAUAAUUGCAAACAUCAUUUUAUCAUGCAUAAUCAAAAAGUUAUGCACUUGGGUAUCCAACUGAUAAUGAUUUAAUAUAAGUGCAAAGCAAGUUCAGAUGGCAAUGGGUAACCUGUUUGUACAGUUGCCUUAUGCUGGACGGGAAUUUGUAAGCAUUUCUGAACCUUUUACCGGAGGGAUUGCGAUCUGCUGCCAUUACAUUUGGUGCUGGUGUUUGUAUGUGCAAGUGCAGUGGUGUGCUGCAAUAUUUCUUUAUGGUGCCAAACAAUGUUACUCUUGAAGAAUGGAGGAAAGAAGGUUUAUUUCGCUGACAUGCACAUUAAUUAAUCGUGUAGCUAGUGUAGAAUUUCAUUUUGUAACAUUCUUGAUUAAUACAGUUAGCUUAGGCUCAGUAGUUGACGUAGUUGUGUGCAACAGUGUUUUGUGCAAGUCAACCUGCAACCCUGCUUGCAGGCUUUCCCAUGCUAGGCACCUAAGAUCAUUUACGUUUUCAGCUUAAUUUGAAAAUGGCUACUUUAACCGUCUGUCCAGCCAUUACUGUAGACGCACUAGCAAUGUGAUUUGUGCCUGUCAUAUACUGCAUUGUUUCUAUUCUUCAAUUUGUACCUGGUUACCAAUUUGUACCUGGUUACCAACCAGCUUGUAUCUCCACAAUUGUAGCAGUGAGUAAAAAGUGGUACAUGUCUA